ACGCGCCCCUCCGGAAAAUCAUUGGACGCCACCACAAACACGCCAAAAGGUGAGGAGCGCGCACCUACGCGACACGCAACGAGUGAGCAGGCGGCGCCCAGCGAGACGGGGGGAGAUCGCCGAAUCCUUCCUUAUCCACCUCGCCGCGGCGCCAUGGCCGCCGCCGCCGCGGUCGUCCACCUCUCCUCCCACGCCCGCCUCCGCCGCUCGCCGCCCGAGCCGCCCUCCACCUCCUCCCGCCGCCCGCCGCUCCUGCGCUGCCGCGCGUUCAAGCAGGAGGCUGACGGGGGCGGCACCGACCCGCCCGCGUCGCCGAACCGCAGGAAGAAGGGGCCGCUGUACAAGCUCAAGGCCGCGAUCCAGGGGCUCGCGGGCUCCCGCUCGGCCGCCGCGGAGGCGUACGGGGGAGAGUACCAGCGCGCCGUGGAGAAGGCGGAGGAGAUCUUCUUCUCGGUGAGGCACCGAGCUCCAUUCAUUCAUUCAUUCAUUCAUUCAUGAUGAGCCCUCUCGCCCUUGGCCGACGCAGUACGCGUACAGUACAUGUACUGUUAGCUUUGGCAUCUGUUUGCUGGUUUCAACACCCGAUGGAUGAUCGGCUAGUUGAAUGCCCGUGGCCAAGUUCGCUUCCUUGUGCCUGCACGGCACAGGUGCCCCUCCCUCCCCAACAGGUUGCUACUCAGCUAGGAAAAUAUGUUAUCACUAUGAUGAGCAGUGGUGUUGUACUCGGGGUCGGAUUUCAGCUAUCAGGUGGAGACAGCCAAAUGAAUGAACUAAUUUGGUACAGCUGGCUUGGUGGGGUGAUUAUCGGUACAAUGAUAGGUACAAACAGUGUUCUAGAGGAACACUGCAAAGCUGGACCUCGCAAUGUCGUCAUAACUGGAAGCACAAGAGGGUUAGGAAAAGCACUUGCUCGUGAGUUUCUUCUUUCAGGAGACCGGGUUGUUAUUACUUCACGAAGUCCUGAAUCAGUUCUUCAGACUAUCAAAGAACUUGAAGAGAACAUUCAGGAGGGCUUAUCAGUCGCCAAAAAGAAAGAAAGGAAAACUUUAUCUCAUGCCAAGGUUGUUGGUACAGCUUCUGAUGUCUGUAAACCUGAAGAUGUGAAGAAGUUAGUGAAUUUUGCUAUUAAUGAGCUUGGCUCAGUUGACAUUUGGAUCAAUAAUGCGGGCACAAAUAAAGGUUUUAGGCCACUGGUAACUUUUUCUGAUGAUGACAUUACUCAGAUCGUCUCAACAAACCUAGUUGGGUCUCUGCUGUGCACCAGAGAAGCCAUGAAUGUCAUGCAAUACCAAGACAAGGGAGGCCAUAUAUUCAACAUGGAUGGAGCAGGUUCUGGAGGAUCAAGUACACCACUGACAGCUGUCUAUGGUUCAACUAAAUGUGGACUGAGACAGUUCCAAUCAUCACUUCUGAAGGAAAGCAGAAGAUCAAAAGUUGGAGUGCACACUGCCUCUCCUGGUAUGGUCCUCACAGACCUUCUUUUGAGUGGUUCAUCCCUCAGAAAUAAACAGAUGUUCAAUUUAAUAUGCGAACUUCCAGAAACAGUAGCUAGGACAUUGGUUCCAAGGAUGAGAGUUGUUAAAGGAAGUGGAAAGGCAAUCAACUACUUGACACCACCAAGGAUCUUGCUGGCCUUGGUUACUGCAUGGGUUCGAAGGGGGCGGUGGUUUGAUGAUGAGGGAAGAGCAGUAUAUGCAGCCGAGGCUGAUCGAAUCCGCAACUGGGCUGAAAGCCGAGCACGCUUCUCUUUCACCGAUGCCAUGGAGAUGUACACGGAAAACACAUGGGUUUCCGUAUUCUCGCUCUCUGUGGUCUGUGCAUUCAUAAUUCUUUCCAGCUCAGGUGGACCUCUUCCAGGCACAUGAUCCCCAGAGUUGCCAACCUAGAUACUCCAAAUUUAUUUUCACCAAAGGCGUUCUAUUAUCAGAAGGCAUAUGACACAACACUUGUGAAUGGGGAAGAAGAUGAACCCACAAAUGUAGAUAGGUGCAAGGGAGAUCAGCAGCUGCUUCCUCUCUCACCAUUUAAGGCUUGGCUAACCAUGUUCUCAGAAAAAGGGUAAAUAGAAUUUGUUUUGUGGGCAUUCCCACUUCUGUAAGCUAGUCUGUGAUCUGUGACUUUUAAGAACAUGUAUGAGAAAGUGAGCACGAUCAGAGUCGAUAAAAGUUCUUGCCUGCUCGGGCAUGCUUAUUUAAUUAUUGUAACUCUCUGAUCGCCACUUGUUCCCUUAGCACUAGAGUAUAUAUAACUUGAGUCAUGGGUCAGAACUCAGAAUCAUGAGAUGUCAGGUGUGUAUGCAUGUCAUCUUUUACUUUUAGGUUGCCCUGAGUCAUGGCUUAUAAAGGCUGGCUUGCAAUGA